AGCCAAAGUCUUUUUGAAGAAGAGCUUUAAUAGCAGACACCAUCUGUGGCAGCCUGAGGUUCUGGAGGUUCUGGUCCCCCUUUGUUAGGAACCAGGACUGAGGAACAGAGUGAAGGGCCCCGCCCGGGGAUCUCAAGCUUCAUUCUGCCUCAUUACAAACCAACGCGUCCAAAAUCUAGUAGUGAACCAACUGAUCCACACUGCUGCUUCAUGACAUCUUCCAGUGCUGAGCUGAUCUUUAGUUCAUCAGAUGGUUAGUUAGCUCCAUCUAGUGGACAGGUAGCAGAACUACAUCAGACACCAGGACUAACGAGGAAGAAAUUAGCAGCUUCUUCUCUCCCAGUGUUUCCUCCACACAUGAAGAAGUGUCUGUUAGUUCAGCAGGUGAGAAUCCGACCAGAAGCAUCUGUAAUGUCUGAUAACCAGGAUCAGGAUUUAAACAAUGAUGUUUGGGUGUACUGUAACGAAUCUUGACAGUCUAAUACAUCUGAUAUAUUUUGUGGUCAACAUACUGAACUUCUGGGUGAAUCUGGGGGCUGUGUAACACAUUUUGGGGUCAUCAGAUCCUGUUUAGGGCUCCAACAAGGUUUCUGUCGACCCUGAAUAUUUGUGUCAUGUUACUGAGAGGAAGGAGAACUAAAGUGUCCUGAGAUGUAAAGCUUGUUGUAAUGAAUGAGUGCAGCUCUCUCAGCAUGUUGUUGUGUUUGUGUGAAGGUGUGGGCUCUGCUAUGAAUCAGUGUGAGGACAGAGAGGAGGGAGUCCCUCCCUCUAAAAGCACUCUGUGUGGGGAACAUGACAGCCAGACCAAAGCUCAGAGCCCAGAGCAGCAGCAGGGACCAGACUCUGCUGGACCUGGACCUGGACCUGGACCUGGACCUGGACCCAGCUGCGUGUCCAUCAAGAGUGACCGGUCUAUGGACAAACUUAUUGUCUUCAAAGGUGGACACCCCUCUGCUGAUCAAAGGAUCCAUCGGCAGAGACCAGAUUCUCCUGGACCCAGCUGUGUGUCCGUGAACAGCGACCGUCAUGUCCCUGUUCACUUCAAAGCUGGACAUAAUGAUGCUGAACAAAAAGUUGAUGAGCAGAGCUCAGAGGUUCCCAGUGGUCAGUCUGCCCAGCAGCAUCAAACAGACCUGGACUCCAUAUUUAUGCUGCUCCAGGAAAACAUUGGCAGGUUUGUGAAGAACGAGGUGAAGAAGUUCCAGAGAGUUCUGAGUCCAGAUUACCCAGAAUGCUUAGAGAGUCAGAGGGAGGAUGAGGAGGUGUUGGACGGUGAGGAGGAGGAGCAGAGGAGGAGCAGCAGAGAGGCAUUUCUGAAGAUCACACUGCACUUCCUGAGGAGAAUGAAGCAGGAGGAGCUGGCUGAGCGUCUGCAGAGCAUGUGCCGACGUAAACUCAAGUCUAACCUGAAGAAGAAGUUCCAGUGUGUGUUUGAGGGGAUUGCUAAAGCAGGAAACCCAACCCUUCUGAACCAGAUCUACACAGAGCUCUACAUCACAGAGGGAGGGACUGCAGAGGUCAAUGAUGAACAUGAGGUCAGACAGAUUGAAACAGCCUCCAGGAAACCAGACAGACCAGAAACAACCAUCAGACAAGAAGACAUCUUUAAAGCCUCACCUGGAAGAGAUGAACCAAUCAGAACAGUGAUGACAAAGGGAGUGGCUGGCAUUGGGAAAACAGUCUUAACACAGAAGUUCACUCUGGACUGGGCUGAAGACAAAGCCAACCAGGACAUACAGUUCACAUUUCCAUUCACUUUCAGAGAGCUGAAUGUGCUGAAAGAGAAAAAGUACAGCUUGGUGGAACUUGUUCAUCACUUCUUUCCUGAAACCAAAGAAGCAGGAAUCUGCAGCUUUGAAGAGUUCCAGGUUGUGUUCAUCUUUGACGGUCUGGAUGAGUGUCGACUUCCUCUGGACUUCCACAACAAUGAGGUCCUGACUGAUGUUACAGAGUCCACCUCAGUGGAUGUGCUGCUGACAAACCUCAUCAGGGGGAACCUGCUUCCCUCUGCUCGCCUCUGGAUAACCACACGACCUGCAGCAGCCAAUCAGAUCCCUCCUGAGUGUGUUGACAUGGUGACAGAGGUCAGAGGGUUCACUGCCCCACAGAAGGAGGAGUACUUCAGGAAGAGGUUCAGAGAUGAGGAGCAGGCCAGCAGAAUCAUCUCCCACAUCAAGACAUCACGAAGCCUCCACAUCAUGUGCCACAUCCCAGUCUUCUGCUGGAUCACUGUUACAGUUCUGGAGGAGACGUUGAAGACCAGAGAGGGAGGAGAGCUGCCCAAGACCCUGACUGAGAUGUACAUCCACUUCCUGGUGGUUCAGUCCAAACUGAAGAACGUCAAGUAUGAUGGAGGAGCUGAGACAGAUCCACACUGGAAUAAAAAGAGCAGGAAGAUGAUUGUGUCUCUGGGAAAACUGGCUUUUGAGCAGCUGCAGAAAGGCAACCUGAUCUUCUAUGAAUCAGACCUGACAGAGUGUGGCAUCGAUAUCAGAGCAGCCUCAGUGUACUCAGGAGUGUUCACACAGAUCUUUAAAGAGGAGAGAGGGCUGUACCAGGACAAGGUGUUCUGCUUCGUCCAUCUGAGCGUUCAGGAGUUUCUGGCUGCUCUUCAUGUCCAUCUGACCUUCAUCAACUCUGGUGUCAAUCUGCUGGCAGAAAAACAAUCAACCUCCCGUCGUUCUAAAGUCUUCAGAGACAAACUUAAACUUAAACAUCUCUACCAGAGUGCUGUGGACAAGGCCUUACAGAGUCCAAAUGGACACCUGGACUUGUUCCUCCGCUUCCUCCUGGGUCUCUCACUGCAGACCAAUCAGACUCUCCUACGAGGUCUGCUGACACAGACAGGAAGUAGCUCAAAGACCAAUCAGAAAACAGUUGAGUACAUCAAGAAGAAGAUCAGUGAGAAUCUGUCUCCAGAGAGAAGCAUCAAUCUGUUCCACUGUCUGAAUGAACUGAAUGAUCGUUCUCUAGUUGAGGAGAUCCAACAGUCCCUGAGUUCAGGAAGUCUCUCCACAGAUAAACUCUCUCCUGCUCAGUGGUCAGCUCUGGUCUACAUCUUACUGUCAUCAGAAAAAGAUCUGGACGUGUUUGACCUGAAGAAAUACUCUGCUUCAGAGGAGGCUCUUCUGAGGCUGCUGCCAGUGGUCAAAGCCUCCAACAAAGCUCUGUUGAGUGGCUGUAACCUCUCAGAGAGAAGCUGUGAAGCUCUGUCCUCAGUUCUCAGCUCCCAGUCCUCUAGUCUGAGAGAGCUGGACCUGAGUAACAACAACCUGCAGGAUUCAGGAGUGAAGCUGCUGUCUGCCGGACUCAAGAGUCCACACUGUACACUGGAAACUCUCAGGCUGUCAGGCUGUCUGAUCACAGAGGAAGGCUGUGCUUCUCUGGCCUCAGCUCUGAGCUCCAACCCCUCCCAUCUGAGAGAGCUGGACCUGAGCUACAAUCAUCCAGGAGACUCAGGGGUGAAGUUGCUGUCUGCUGGACUGGAGGAGCCACACUGGAGACUGGACACUCUCAGGGUGGACCAUGGUGGAGAGCAGAGGUUAAAACCUGAUGUGAGGAAGUAUUUCUGUGAACUCACACUGGACACAAACACAGCACACAGAAACCUCAAACUGUCUGACAACAACAGGAAGGUGACAUGGGUGGAGGAGAAGAAGCCAUAUCCUGAUCAUCCAGAGAGAUUUGAGUACUGGCCUCAGUUGCUGUGUAGAGAUGGUCUGACUGGUCACUGUUACUGGGAGGUCGAGUGGAGAGGAGGAGUUUAUAUAUCAGUGAGUUACAGAGGAAUCAGAAGGAGAGGAGACAGUAAAGACUGUCUGUUUGGAUUGAAUGAUCAGUCCUGGAGUCUGAUCUGCUCUAAUAAUGGUUCUUUCUCUGUCUGUCACAAUAAGAGAGAAACAGUCCUCCCUAUCUCCUCCUCCUUCUCUGACAGAGCAGCAGUGUAUGUGGACUGUCCUGCUGGCUCUCUGUCCUUCUACAGAGUCUCCUCUGACACACUGAUCCACCUCCACACCUUCAACACCACAUUCACUGAACCUCUUUAUCCUGGGUUUAGGAUCUGGUCCUCUGGUUCCUCCUCAGUGUCUCUGUGUUCUGUGUAGGAGGGAGACAACUUCCAGUCCUGUGGUUUAAAUGUUGGUGGUGGACGAGGCUUCGCUUUGGUUAACAUCGUGCUCACUGAUUGUGCCUUUAAUGUCAGAAAUGUGUUUUCUUAGAAAUGAUGAAAUGAUCUCCUCAGGGCUGAACUUGUUGUGUACAAACUGUGUUGACUUUGAUUUUCACUUUAAUAAAGUUUUCUUGGAGCAGCAUCUAGUAGCUGCUGAUGGCUGCAGAGCUUCUCAUUUAUUUCAAUAAAAGUUUGAAGACAAAAACUC